UGUUGGUCUGGAUACAUCACAUGACCACUUCUGUGCGGCUCCACGGGAAGCGAAUCGAUCUGCAACUGUAGAAUUCAACAUGGCUGCUCUGCACUGUCAGUAAGGGAGUUGUUUUCAACUCAGAAGCGGAUAGCUUUUCCCUCUCUCUAUUAAGAGAAAUAGAUUUUUGGUAGCCUGGAUUUCUCAAGCAGACCGCAAUGGCUCAGUGCGUGCAGUCUGUGCAUGAGUUCAUCCAGGACUCGUUCGUCCCGAUGGUGGCCGUCCUGUGCAGCGAAGAUGCGGAGAAAGUGACUCGUAAAAACAACCUCAAUUUCUCAGAGCUACUAAGGCCCUUCUGCCGGUUAACAUCCGAAGGUCACAUGAGGGACCCCAACAACCAGGUGCAGGUGGUGAAGAACCUUCGCAUCAGUGUCAAUAACGUGGUUACCCGCCCCUCUGUCCCUGCCUCUGGUACUCCAAGCCUCGCCCAGCGACUGCUGCUCAGUGAGGUGGUGUCGACAUGCCAACCGGCCGAGGGGGGCGUGGCUAACGUCAUCACUGCCGGAGACUAUGACCUCAAUAUCAGUGAUCGCUCUCUUAAAGCUAGCGUCCCCUGGUACAGGGACUGGAGGGACACGUUAACCGAACUCAGCACCUCCAAGCAUUACACAGCCACCACUCCCUGGUUUGAGGCGUACAGAGAGACCUUCCUCCAGUCUAUGCCUGCUGCCGACCACGAGUUCCUCAACCACUACCUGGCCUGUCUGUUGGUGGUGUCGUCCAGUGAGGCGGUACCGGUGGAGAAGUUCCUCAAGCUGUCUCAGGAGCAGCACCGGAUCCAGCACAGCGGAGAGUACACCAACCCCAAGUGGUUCAUUCCCAACACACUGAAAUACUACGUCCUGCUGCACGAUAUGAGCCAGGGGGAUGAACACAGGGCUGACUCUGUGUAUGAGGAUAUGAAGCAGAGGUACGGUGCUCAGGGUUGCUACCUGUUGAAGGUCAACUCUCGUACAGCAGCAGCAGGAGCCGACGAACAGAUCCCUGACCCAUGGAGCCAGUACCUUCACAAGAGCAGCCUGCAAAGCCAGGAUCAUUACGAGGAGUCGGCCUCUGUGCUGGCGAACAACACGGCUGUGGAGAACAAUGUUGGAGGAACACCUGAGUUGGAUGGGCACCACUCUGAAGAGAGAGACGGCAGCUUGGUCAACAGUCUGGACAGCACCCACCCCCUCCAGCUGGACACGUCCGGGGACACGCCCGGCAGCCUGGACGCUCUCCGGGCAGUCGCCGUGGAGACCAAGGCGGGAACGGCAGCGGCUGCAGCCGCCAGUCAUGGGGCGUGUCUGACGCUGAACGACCAUGACCGCAUCAGACAGUUCAUUCAGGAGUUUACCUUCAGGGGACUGCUGCCUCACAUAGAGAAGAACAUCAGACAGCUUAAUGACCAGCUGGUCUCUAGGAAGGGCUUGAGUCGCUCUCUGUUCUCUGCCACUAAAAAGUGGUUCGGAGGAGGGAAAGUUCCAGAGAAGAGUAUCGCAGAGCUAAAGAACACUUCUGGCCUCCUCUAUCCCCCAGAAGCACCCGAGCUGCAGAUCAGGAAGAUGGCCGACCUGUGUUUCCUGGUUCAGCACUAUGAGCUGGCCUACAGCUGUUACCACACAGCCAAGAAGGACUUUCUUUCUGACCAGGCCAUGCUGUACGCUGCUGGGGCACUGGAGAUGGCAGCGGUAUCAGCCUUUCUACAGGGUGGGGCUCCGAGGCCUUAUCCAGCACACUACAUGGACACGGCUAUACAGACCUACAGGGAUGUGUGCAAAAACAUGCACCUGGCUGAGCGUUGUGCUCUCCUCAGCGCUGAAAUCCUGAAGAGUCAAGCCAAGUUCUCUGACGCCGCCACCCUCCUUAUCAAGAUGACCAGCGAGGACUGUGACCUGCGCUCUGCCCUCCUGUUGGAGCAGGCUGCCCACUGCUUCAUUAACAUGAGGAACCCCAUGGUCAGGAAGUUUGCCUUUCAUAUGAUCCUGGCUGGACACCGCUUCAGCAAGGCAGGCCAGAAGCGCCACGCUCUGCGGUGUUACUGUCAGGCUAUGCAGGUGUAUAAGGGUAAAGGCUGGUCUCUGGCUGAGGACCAUAUCAACUUCACCAUUGGUCGCCAGUCCUUCACACUGCGCCAACCAGAGAACGCCGUCUCCGCCUUUCGACACAUCCUGACCAAUGAGAGCCAGCAGGCCUCCUCACAGCAGGCGGCCUUCCUCCGGGAAUACCUCUAUGUCUAUAAGAAUGUGACAGGAGUGUGUGAUGUGGCACUACCUCAGCUGCCCCUACCCUACAUCAACAGCUCUGCCACCAGAGUCUAUUUCGGCCACGAACGCCGCCUGGCAGAGGGUGAGAAGCAAGCAGCAACCCAUGUUUCCCUGGACCAGGAGUUUGACCGUGACCUCGCCGCCAUGUGGCGGGAUCUCGAGGAGCAGGUGGUCGCCUCCGCGAAUCGCGGGGUCGUCCCAGCAACGUUUCAAGCCACCCAGUGCUGUCUGAACAGUCAGACGGACAACCUCCGCUUUCCCCUGGCUGUAGUAGAGGAACCCAUCAUAGUUGAGGUGGUGUUCCGGAACCCACUAAAGGUUCCGCUGGUUCUCUCUGACGUCUCGCUACUCUGGAAGUUCACGCUUAAAGACUUCUCCCGACCUCAGGAUGCUGCAGUCGGAGAUGCAUUGGCCUUCAGUAAUGAGAAGGAGACCCUGGUCCCUGGGACGAAGCAGAGUGAUGACAUCAUCGCCACUGAAGUGAUCCCAGAGUUCUUCCUGAACCCUGAGGAGACAAAAGUGGCUCGCCUGAAGCUGCUUCCUCACCAGACAGGUCAGCUCAACAUCCUGGGUCUGGUCUAUAACCUGGCCUCCACCCCCUCUACUGGAGGCACGACGGUUAGCAGCAGCGCAGCCUUGAAGAGUGAUGGUCCAUCCCCCGCGGACGGGACAUCAGUUCGUGGCCGACAGGACCUUGAGAUCCAGGGUCCGCGGUUGAACCAGACCAAAGAAGAGAAGACCUCGGUCAGCCACGGUCCUGACCGACGUCUUGACCCCACCAUCACACCUCCAAUGCCUCUACUUGAGGUGUUCUUCCUCCAGUUUCCCACUGCUCUGCUGUGUGGUGAGAUUAGGAAGGCCUACGUUGAGUUCUGUAACGUGAGUGGCGUUCCCCUGUGUGGCCUGCGGGUAGUGUCCACGCACCCUGACUUCUUCACCUUCGGAAGCUCCUCCCUAGCCACGCCGCUCACCCCCCUCAGCCCCACCUCUUUCGAGAACUGCUCUGCCUACAAAACUCUGGCCACACCCCCAGGUGCCACGCCUGGAUCAGUCGCCGCAGUGACGCUGGUGUCCGCAGGGGACUUUGGGUUGGGGGAAGGGGGAUCUGGUACAUCUAAUGGAGUAGCAGAGAUCCCCCUUGAAGACAGGGUACUGAAGCCUGGCCAAUCUACCCAGCUGCCACUGUGGCUUAGAGGUCCAGACCAUGAAGGUGUCCACGAAAUCAACUUCCUGUUCUACUAUGAGAGCGCCGUCAAGGGGGGCAAGAUCAGUCACAGAGUGUUGCGUCACACGGUCUUCAUUUGCGCCAGUCGUUCUCUGUGUGUUCGAGCCACCGCCUGUCGUAGUAACACUCUGCCGGAGGAGGAGGCGGAGGAGGAGGACGAGAGGAGGAACGGCAGCAUGCUGGUCUUUGUCGAUGUGGAAAACAUCAACACGAAUGAGGCUGGGGUGCGAGAGUUUCACAUUGCACAGGUCUCUAGCAGCAGUAAACAGUGGAGAUUACACAGGUGUAUAAACCCAGCAGAAGACAAAGAUUGCAAACUUAACAGCAGAGAGAGGGGCAAGCUGUGCUUCAGAGCCACACGAUGUAAACCCGUGCAAGCUACCUCAGCAGCAAUAGAGAAAUACAUUUUUGCAGACCUGAGCCUUGGGAAUGAACAGAUCAUCAGCUCCACUACUCCUUGUGCAGACUUCUUCUUCCGGAGGUGUCCGCCCUCUGAUUCAAGGAGACCGCCCGUUGCCGUGGAGACCCAGGGGAGACUUUCCAGGAGUCAAGGGGCGGGGCCUGGGGGCGGAGCUGAGGAUUUAACGAGCCUGGUCAGGAAGUGCAAUGAGGUUGACCUGGACAUCAUCGUCCUUUGGAAGGCCUUUGUUGUUGAGGACAACAAGCAGGUGAUUCUGGAGGGACAGCUUCAUGUGGCCCUACAGACCAUCGGCAAAGAGGCCUGCUCCCUCACACAGAAAGAGGAGGCUCAAGAGAUGGUGCUGCUGAAGUUUAAACCAGAGCUUCCUCCUCCAAUGACACGGCCCUCCAUGGAGCAGCUGUCCCACCUCAUCAAGACCAACCUCCACUACCCUGAGAGUUACAGGCACCCAUUCAUCCACAAGAGUCUCUGUUUGGUUCCAGUCACGUUGACACUGUCUAACUGCUCGUUGGCUCAAGUUGAUGUCAUCAUUGACCUACGACACAAAACGACCAGCCCUGAGUCCCUGGAGGUUCACGGUUCCUUCACAUGGCUGGGCCAGACCCAGUACAAGCUGCAGUUAAGGGCACAGGAAGUGAUGCGAGUACCGCUGCGAGCCUGCUUUCUGCAUGCGGGUGUCUAUAACCUGGGAACGCCACGGGUCUUUGCCAAGCUGGCGGACCAGGGAGCCAUGUGUGAGACCAGCCAACAGACGGCCACGCCAGCACUUAUCAUCAUCAUCAAUGACACCUGAACAUUGUCCUGCCCACUUGUCAAUAUCCAAUUAGCCGUUAUCUGUCAAUAAUCACCAACAGUUGAAGCGUCCCAUUGAUUGGUAACAACAGUGUCGAGAGCUUUACAAAAUAUCUUCCAUAUCGCAAAUCAACUUCUCUUCAUCAAAAGCACUUGAACUCUGGACUGUUUCCAUUAGGCAACAAAAUGGAAAGAAUUGGUUUGAAACAGCAAGGGAAUUAUAACCGAAAUGUGUCCAAUAUUAUAAUAAUUUCUUUUGCAUUAUAUUGCAAACCUUUUUUUACUACAGUAUUCCAAAAGGAAUUCGGUCCUAAUUCUAUUUGCUUUGCCCACUCAUCAGUAAUUUGUAACCAAUGAACAGUCAUUUGUCAGUUAUCACAACCCAUUGGUUGGUUGAUAAGCAGUUGAGAACUAUGAGCAAGCUACCAAGCAAAAAUGUUAUACCUUUUUCAUAUUUGUCAGAAUUCCAAAUUCUCCAACUUGCUGGCUGUCUGUUGUUUUUAAUUACGUCCCCCAUUCAACAAAUGAGCGAGUCUGACAAAUCAGAGUUUUCUUCUUCCAACUGGCAUGUGAAAAAAAAUCUCAAAUCACCCACUUAAUUUCCCGCCCUAAAAUUGUGACCCAUUUUUCAAAAUGAAUCAUUACUGGAUUAAGGAAAUAAGUUGUUUUGUAUAGAAAAAUAAAAAAGCAAGAUUGUUCCAAUGAAAUUGUGCGUACAUCAGUUGAGCUUGUUACUACUUCAUUGAUCAGACUGUUAACUAUUUAAUUAUUUCAUGGCCCGGCAAAACAAAGCAUCAUGGACUUACAAGUGGAAGAGUAAUUAUUUUCUCUCAUAGCAUAUCAAUUGGUCAUCUCAGUGAAAGGACUGAACAUGACCUUUGAGCUCUUUCGAAUAAAUCAAUCCGUGAAAGGUAAAGACACAAAACCGGCAGAGACGUUCUCAGCAAAGACGACAACGAUGUUUCUCCUAUGGUAUCUGACAUCUGUCUGCCGCCACCAUUUUUUUUUGGUCUAGUUUUCUGUUUAAAAUCAAAUCACAGGUUGGUGUUGUUUACUUCCUGGAUUAACUUGGAUCUGGAAAUCCGAAGGACUGCCCCAUAUGGACCGAACUGACCGAAGUCAUUACCAAUACCCUUUAGAAUAUGAACCAGAGGUUGACCACGAUCCUAUGUGACGACCGGACUUUUUGGUCCUGGUAUAAACACUGUCUGUGUUUGGUCUUCAGUCCCCCGCCCAUCUGGACACACCGCUCUGUCAGUCCAUACUCGUUACAUUUUCUACAAACACAAACUGAUUAACCAAUUAAAUCAACAUGAUCCCUGGGUUUCUCCCUCCUUGGAGCUUCUCCACCUUGUGAUCAAGCUGUUAUUUAAAUGUAUGUAUUUACUCAACUGCUUUUCAGAUGAAAAUGAUGUAUUAUAUUUAUAACAAAUUUACUGUAAAUAGAAAUAAAACAUAACCAAUUAAAUGGGUUGUGAGAUACAGUAACUGUGUGAUGACAUGGUGGUUUGUACUGGGACUGCA